CCGAAACACAGCCAUAGACAACACGAACAACUCCGCGCUAGCUCUAGUUUCUGCGUUUGCUUCUGCCUGUCCCUUCGCUUGAUAUGGCGUUCGCAGAGGAGACGCACCUUGCCAUGGACCUGAUCGAGCACUGCGUCUCGGAGGACGGCCUCGCCGGUUGGGCUCCGUCCGGCUCGUGUACGCUCUCGGCGCAGCACGACGAUUCGGCACCGGACGCGGUUCUUUCGCUGGCAGCCACAGCGGACGACGAUACCGACGAGCGUGCGCGGAAACCCAGCGGCUGGUACGUUCUUGCCUCUCGCCGUGCGGGAGAGACGGACGGUCUAUGCCGGGAGAUUUCAUGCGCGCCGAGGCCCAAGAUCACGUACCGGGUGGCCGGGUGGGUCGGUUUGGGUUCCGGCGCGGAAGGGUGCCACCCUGUGCACGUUGAGGUCUGUGUGGGUGACGACCAGCGCGUCGGCGGUGGCGUGGUUGUGGCCAAAGCGGGGAAGUGGGGCGAGAUCAAGGGCUCGUUCCGGAUCGAUGAGGAUGAGCCGCCGCGCUGCGCCAAGGUUUAUGUGCACGGGCCGCCGGCCGGGGUGGAUCUCAAGGUGAUGGACCUGCAGGUGUGCGCGGUGAACAAGAUUCCAAGGCUGAGACACCUCAGGAAGAAAACUGACAAGGUGCGCAAGCGUGAUGUGAUCCUCAAGUUCAGCCGCCGGACGGACGCGGCGGCGAGCGCUGCUGGUGCGGAGAUCAGCGUACUGCAAGUCCAGAACAGCUUCCCCAUCGGCUCCUGCAUCACCAAAGCGGGCAUCCAGAACCCGGCGUACGUCGACUUCUUCGCCAAGCACUUCGACUGGGCCGUGCUCGAGAACGAGCUCAAGUGGUACUACACCGAGGCCGUGCAGGGUCAGGUCAGGUACGCCGACGCCGACGAGCUCAUCGACUUCUGCGACCGGUACGGCAAGCCCGUGCGCGGCCACUGCAUCUUCUGGGCCGUCGAGAACUCCGUGCAGCCAUGGGUCCGCGCCCUCAACGCCGACCAGCUCGGUGCCGCCGUGGAAGCGCGGCUGAGGGGCCUCGUGUCGCGCUACAGCGGCCGGUUCCCGCACUACGAGGUGAACAAUGAGAUGCUGCACGGCGCCUUCUUCCAGCAGCGGCUCGGCGACGACAUCAACGCGCACAUGUUCCGGGAGACUGCGCGGAUCGACCCGGCGCCGGCGCUGUUCGUGAACGACUACAACGUGGAGAGCGCCAACGACCCGAACGCGACGCCGGAGAAGUACGUGGCGCUGAUCACGGACCUGCAGAAGCGGGGCGCGACGGUGGGCGGGAUCGGCAUCCAGGGCCACGUGACGCACCCCGUCGGCGACGUCAUCUGCGACGCGCUAGACAAGCUCUCGGUGACGGGGCUGCCCAUCUGGAUAACGGAGCUGGACGUGUCGGCGGCCGACGAGGCGGUGCGCGCCGAUGACCUGGAGAUCGUGCUGCGGGAGGCGUUCGCCCACCCGGCCGUGGAGGGCAUUAUGCUGUGGGGGUUCAUGCAGGGCCACAUGUGGCGCUCGCACGGGCAGCUCGUGGACGCCGACGGCAAGUACACCGAGGCCGGCAACAGGUUCGCGGGUCUCCGGCGGGAGUGGAUGUCGCACGCGAUGGGGAAGGUGGACAGCAGCGGGCACUUCAGGUUCAGAGGGUUCCACGGCACGUACCAGGUGACGCUCAAGACAGGCGCGGGGGAGGUGAAGAAGCAUACAUUCGACGUCAGCAAGGGGGGAGCACCGCUCGUGCUGGACAUGGAUUUCUAGCUUGGUACACCAUGCAUGUUGGUGACGGUGACCACGACAUGAAAUAGUAUCUACUGAUUCGUACAAGAUAUGAUCUAUUGGAGUUGUACGUACAUAGGCGAGUAUAUAUUGGGAUUGGGAUUGGGAUUAUGCAUAGAUAUUACAGUGGUGAAGAAGUUGUGUACCUUUAGUCCUGGAGUGUGGUAAAGCCGUAGAAGAAUGGUAUUGUACUCGUAUUUA